AUGCGGCCCACACAAGGCAUCCGUUGGCUUCUAGCAGCAGCAGCAGCAGCAGCAGUGCCGGCAUUUGGCUCCCCCAUUGCGCCUCGGUCCGCAGGCCCAUGGCUCGCCAUUGAUUCCGACUUCCCAGACCCGGGGUUUGUCCAAGGGGACGACGGGGCGUGGUAUGCCUUUGGCACGAACGGCAACGGCCGGACCGUGCAGGUGGCCACCUCUCCCGAUUUCGAGACAUGGACCUUGCUGGAUAAGGAAGCGAUGCCCACAUUGGCCGGCUGGGAGACGGCCGUCGACCACUGGGCUCCGGAUGUGGUGCGGCGGAACGACGGCAAAUUUGUCCUCUACUACUCCGGCGAAGCCAAAUCCGACCUGCGCCACCACUGCGUGGGCGUCGCCGUCUCCGAGACGACCGACCCGACGGGACCCUACAUCCCCAACGCGGAGCCGCUGAGCUGCCGGCUCGAGCAGGGCGGCUCCAUCGACGCGUCGGGCUUUUUGGAUCGCGACGGCAGCCGCUACGUGGUCUUCAAGGUAGACGGCAACAGCAUCGGCCACGGCGGCGACUGCAACAACGGGGUGGCGCCGCUCGUGUCCACGCCGAUCCUGCUGCAGAAGGUCGCCGAGGACGGCGUCACCCCGGUUGGUGACGCGGUGCAGAUUCUCGAUCGGGACGACAGCGACGGCCCGCUGGUCGAGGCGCCGAAUCUGAUUCUGCAUGGUGAUACCUACUUCCUCUUCUACUCGACGCAUUGCUAUACCGAUCCGAAGUAUGAUGUGCGCUGGGCGACGGCCUCGUCGAUCACGGGGCCGUACACGAAAUCGGGUCGUCAGUUGUUUGCCACGGGGCAGUGGAAUCUGACCUCCCCGGGGGGUGGGACGGUGUGUGGGUGUGGAGACCGUAUGUUGUUUCAUGGGUUCUGUGGGGAUAGACGGUGUACGUAUGCGGCGAAUUUGGAGAUUAGGGGGCUUGAUGUUGUUGUUCUAUGA